AUGUUAACUUGUACAAAACUUUCAUCAAAAGAACUAAAGUAGCAAGGAUAUACGAAUUAUUCUUCUUCAAUGCAUACACGUCAUAUACUAUCGUCACGUCCAUUGAAAGAUACGAAUUAUUUUACCAUUUUAGGAAGAUUCCUGGAGGGAACCCUCGUCUGUUGCCUGGUUCGGUAAUUGUUCUUUUUUUUCCUUCUUUUAGUUCCGUGAUCCGUAGUUCCUACUCUGCUUCACUUCUAUUGAAUGAAAAGGGGAGUAUCGGAGCGUAGUGGAAAUAACCGUGGCUUGGUGAUGGCUUUCUGUUGACUGAAGAAUCACAUCAGUGGAGUAUGGUUCUCCUUUUCUGAUUUCUCUGGAUGUUCGCGCGUUCCGCCAUUUUCUAUUCAAUUCAUCCCACCUGGUUGCCUAAGACUGGUGAAAAGAACAAAAGGUGUUAUAUAGCUCAUCAAAAUAACAUCACUUCUUCCACAACCUGCUUCUUCCAGAGAAAGCGCAUAUUGUCCCUCUUGUUCCUCUUCAUUGUUUUAAUCUUGGUGAUGUCCAGUGAUCCGCUUUGUGCUCAAGGCUUUGACUCUGCUACUCUGUUCUUCCCUAACAAUCCUACCCUCACCAAAUCUCACAAGAGAUGGCGCUUGGCUUAUGCAACCAUCUACUCUUGCCGAGUUUUCAUUACUCUUACUGGAGAUAUUUUCGCAAUGAAGAAUCAACUCUUUCCCAGCAUAUUACGUAUGCAAUCUUACACUGCCAUUGAUGUAUCUCCUCAUGAUGGUGGUGGUGGAAAUGACAACAUCGAACCUUUUGCCAAUGUUGACCAGACAAGACUUAUUGAUUUGGUAAAGGAGAAAAAACUGGAGUAUCUUCAUCAGUUUGGUGGGGUUGAAGGACUUGCUAAGCUUCUUCAAACUGAUGUGAAUAAUGGAAUUCAUGGUGACACCAAGGAUCUUAGGAACAGGCAAAAUGUGUUUGGUUUGAAUACAUACAAGAGGCUUCCUGCAAAAGGCUUCUUCCAUUUUGUGGUGGAAGGUUUCAAGGAGACUACUGUCCUCGUCAUUUUAAUCUGCAGCCCUUUCUAUCUUGGGGUUUUUACUACUUACGGGCUGAGAAAAAGUUUAUACAGUUUUGCAAGUAUAAUUCUUUCUAUUUUAGUCAUUGUCAGUCUCUCUGCAGUGAGCACAUUUUGGCAAUCAAGAUUAUUUGACAGUAUUUCAGAUGAGAGCGAAAUCAUCAGGGUGGAUGUUGUCAGAGGAGGAAAGCGGAAACAGGUCUCCAUCUUUGACAUAGUGGUUGGAGAUGUUGUCCGUCUGAAGAUUGGAGAUCAGGUUCCAGCAGAUGGAUUGCUGUUAGAUGUCCCCUUCUCACAUGUACAAGUGAAUGGAUCCAGUUUUUUGACAGGGGAGAGUGAUCAUGUUGACAUCAACAGUAGUGAGAGUCUGCUUCUAUUCUCUGGGAACAAGGUGGCAGAUAGAGAUGGUCGAAUGCUUGUCACUGCUGUGGGCAUGAACACAGCAUGGGGUGAGAUGAUGAGCUCAAAAGGCCAUGGUUCAGCAAAGCACACACCACUACAAGCUCGGCUGAAUAGGUUGGCCUCUAAUUUAGCAAUUAUUGGUUUUAUUGUUGCAUUCCCUUUUUUUGUGGUCAUGCUGGUGCAUUUCUUCAGGUGCCCAGGAUACUAUAUUAAAGAUACAACAAAUGCAUUGUUGGGCAUCCGUGGGUUUUUGCCAGUAAAUACCAUGUCUACAGUUACCAUUGUAGUAGCAGCAAUCCCUGAAGGCUUGCCAUUAAUUUUCACUCUCACUUUAUUUUAUUGUAUUAAGAGAAUGAAGGCUGAUCAAGUGAUUGUUCGUGAACCUGCUGCCUGUGAGAUUAUGAGCUCAGUUACUGUCAUCUGUGCAGACAAAACAGGCACACUUACACUGAACCAAAUGAAGGUUGCUGAGUUUUGGCUUGGUGAAGAAGCAAUGAAGGAUGGCACCUCAGAAAUAGCCCCUGAAGUUACUGAAUUGCUACGACAAGGAGUCUGUCUGAACACAACUGAUGGUGUUCGAAAUUGUCCUUCGGUAUUGAUGUCAGAGUUUUCUAGUAGUCCCACUGAGAAAGCCAUUCUAUCUUGGGCUAUGGAGUUAAAGAUGGAUAUGGAUGAAGUAAGGCAGUGUUGCACAGUCCUCCAUGUUGAAGCCUUUGAUACAGCGAAGAAACGAAGUGGAAUUUUGAUAAGGAAGGGGGAUGAAAAGAUGAUUAACAUUCAUUGGAAGGGAGAUGCUGAGGUGAUACUGGAAAUGUGUUCUAGUUAUUAUUUGAGAUCUGGUAGUGUAAAAGCCAUUGAUGAAGACAAACGGAAUAAAUUUGAGCAAACUAUUGAAGACAUGGCAGCUAAAGGCCUUCGAUGUAUUGCAUUAUCCCACAAAAAAAUUCCGGAAACAGAAGACAACGAUAACACCAAGGUCCACCUCAAGCUUGAAGAAGAGAACCAGACCUUAUUAGGCCUGUUGGGUUUGAAGGACCCAUGCCAAACUGGGGUUAGCAAGGCUGUUGAGGUUUGCAGAAAUGCUGGAAUCAACAUCAAGAUGAUCACUGGAGACCAUGUAGUUGCUGCAAAAGCUUCAGCCAUUGAAUGUGGGAUACUUCAAUCUGAUGUGGAAUUGAAUAAUGAAGCAGUAGUUGAAGGAGCAGAGUUCCGAAAUUACUCAGAGGAAGAAAGAAUGGAUAAGAUUGAUAGAAUUCAGGUGAUGGCAAGGUCAUCCCCCUCUGAUAAGCUUCUAAUGGUACAAUGCUUGAAACGAAAAGGCCAUGUUGUUGCAGUAACCGGCAAUGGAAUAAAUGAUGUUCAAGCACUCAAAGAAGCAGACAUUGGUUUUGCUGUUGGGAUUCAAGGUGCUGAGGUGGUGAAAGAGAGUUCAGACAUCAUCGUCUUAAAUAAUAGCUUCACCUCUGUAGCAGCAGCUUUGGGGUGGGGGAGGUGCUUAUACAAUAACAUUCAAAUGUUUAUCCAAUUUCAGUUCACGGUCAAUAUCUCUUCCCUUUCUAUCAACCUCAUAGUGGCAGUUUUUUCUGGUGAAGCACCACUGACGGCAGUACAACUGUUAUGGGUGAACUUAAUCAUGGAUGCAUUGGGGGCCAUAGCCCUGGCUGCUGAACAGCCAACCGGGGAGCUCAUGGAGAGGCUUCCUGUGGUUCAAAACCAGCCACUUAUAACUCAUGCCAUGUGGGGAAAUCUCAUCUUUCAAGCCUUGUAUCAAGUGACUAUCUUUCUCAUCCUACAAUUCAAGGGAAGGUCUGUCUUUGGUGUCAAUGAAAAAAUUAAGGACACCCUUAUCUUCAAUAUUUUUGUCCUAUGCCAAGUAUUUAAUCUUUUCAAUGCAAGGAAGCAUGGGAAGAAGAAUAUAUUUAAGGGGAUAUUUAAGAACCGGUUGUUUUCAGUGAUCAUUGGGAUUACAGUUGUUCUUCAAGUGGUAAUGGUGGAGUUUGCCAAGAGGAUUGCCAACACUGAGAGGCUGAAUUGGAUUCAAUGGGUUGCAAGUAUAGGAUUUGCAUCCGUAUCUUGGGUGAUCGCUUGGUUGGUAAACUGUUUCUCAGCCUUCCCAAUCAAUAAGGUGUACAUGUACCUCAUCACAGUCUUAAAUUAGACUAGGAUCUGUAUCUUACUUUAGUGUGAUUGUAAUGCGAUCUCGCAUACAUCUUGUCGUUUGCUUAAGCAUUUGAUAAGAUGUUCUUACAAUCUCUUGGACAUAGCAGAUACCACUUAUUUAUAGAGCUUUUGUCUUAGUUUCUUUUCUUGUACUUGUAAUUUGAAAAUAUUUCCUUCUAUUGGUGGAACUGUUCCUGUAAGAUGCAAUUAGAGCACUGUAUCUGUUAGCCUAGUAUAAUAACUCAACCACUUGAAAGGA